UUAGAGUGCUUCAACAUCCGGGCAAGUUGCUCUUCAAACAUCGAUUGACUUGAAAACAACACAAACAACAUUCAAAUUCACUAAAAUUUAGUUUUAAUUUUGGAUUAAAACCAUGUAAAUUGGAAAAUUAAUCAGAAAAUUCACGUCGGAGUAAAUUGUUAUUUUGAUUUUGUGGAUAACCGACAAAAAAGCGUUAAAAAUAAAGUCUUUUCCUGGUUUGUGAUCAAUUUGCGAUAGACGCUUGAAACAUGGGGUGUGCGGUGAGUUCUGACGACAAAGCGGCGCAAGAAAGAUCAAAACAAAUCGAAAAACAGCUAAGGGCAGAUGGAGAAAAGGCGGCAAGAGAAGUGAAAUUGCUCCUGUUAGGGGCUGGUGAGUCAGGCAAGAGCACAAUUGUUAAACAGAUGAAAAUUAUCCACGAGAAGGGUUAUUCACAAGAAGAAUGUUUGCAAUAUAAACCUGUUGUAUACAGUAACACUAUACAGUCUAUGAUCGCCAUCAUACGAGCCAUGGGACAACUAAAGAUUGACUUUGGACACCCAGAUAGAGUGGAUGAUUCUAGACAAUUUUUUGCAUUGGCGGGAAAUGCUGACGAAGGUGAUUUAUCAGGCGAGCUGGCAGCUAUCAUGAAGAGAUUGUGGAAUGACUCUGGUGUCGCGCAGUGCGUGGGCAGAUCUAGAGAGUACCAGUUGAAUGAUUCUGCAGAAUAUUACCUGAGUGCAUUGGACAGAAUAUCAUUACCAAAUUAUAUCCCAACAGAACAAGACGUAUUGAGAACAAGAGUGAAGACAACUGGUAUUGUGGAAACUCACUUUACAUUUAAAGAUUUACAUUUCAAGAUGUUUGAUGUCGGAGGACAGAGGUCAGAGAGAAAGAAGUGGAUUCACUGUUUUGAAGGUGUGACGGCCAUUAUAUUUAUUGUAGCUAUGAGCGAAUAUGAUCUGACACUUGCGGAAGACCAAGAAAUGAAUCGUAUGAUGGAGAGUAUGAAACUGUUUGACUCAAUCUGCAACAACAAAUGGUUCACAGAAACAUCCAUUAUUCUAUUCUUGAACAAAAAAGACUUGUUUGAGGAGAAGAUCAAGAAGUCGGCCCUCAAUGUCUGUUUCCCAGAAUACACAGGAUCCAACACAUAUGAGGAGGCUGCCGCCUACAUUCAGUUACAGUUUGAGAAUCUAAACAAGAAGAAAGACUCAAAGGAAGUCUACACACAUUUCACGUGUGCCACAGAUACAAAUAACGUGCAGUUUGUGUUUGACGCAGUCACUGAUGUCAUCAUAAAGAACAAUCUGAAGGACUGUGGACUGUUCUAGACUAGUAGAUGUAUUUACAGAAUGGGACUGUGCAUUAGUUGUACAUACUUGUACAGAGUUAUCUUCUCUUGACCAACUCAUCAUGUGACCUGCCAGCAGUCUUGUGAUUGGUGCAAUCCUGUCACAUGACUAAAUGGGACCAACUUGGAUGUUUCCCAGAUUUGCAUGUGAAAUAUGAUUGAACAGAAUGUUAAUGGCAUUAAUCUAUAAACAUCUUUCCAUUUUAAAUCCUUGAGAGGGGUUUGUACUGAUUUUCUGUUUUGUGAGAAUAGCUUUCUUUAAUCAUGAGUGUGUUUUAUUUUGCUAACUGACACUGAAAUAGGAGUUCUAUAUACAAAGUAAGUGGCCGGAUUAUUGGCUUAGAACGUGUGAAGUCUACAAAAAGACUAUGUUUAUUUUUGGCAAUAUUCAAUGAUAUUAUACUGACUUUUUAGCUUCCCAUGCUCUAUGUACGGAUUUUGAAAAGGUGAAAGCUUGUGCAUAUGGUGAUUGGACAAGGAAAAUUUUGGUCAGGAGAAAACAGUCCCCUUUCAUUACGAAAAUCCUUCAAGCUUGAGUAAUUCUUUUUGUGUUUUGUUUGUAACAGAGUGAUUUUUAUGUCAUUAGUAUUGACCUGCAGACAUUUUUUUAUUUAUGAUGUAGAUAUAUCAGAUUGCAUAAGGACUGUAGUGCAUCCUUUUAUAAGUCCUAGUUUUGAUAGUUUUGUUUCCCAACAUGUCUCUUGCCGUACGCCAGUGAAUAAACAUGAGUUACCACCAAAUUUUUCACAGAAAUUCUUUUGUAGAAAGAAAAAAAAUCAUGUUAAUGGUGUAAUCAAGUCAAGAUAGUAUCUUUAGAGAACUAAAUAUCUUGCAGUGCAACAGAUUGUUUGUAAAAAAAGAGUUCUCACAUUUUAUAAUAUUUUUAUUUGCAUUGGAUUCUUUAUGAACUGAAAAUAGGGCUUUCGAUAGAGAGACAUAUUGAAUUCCAGAAUUUGAAAAUAAUCAGUAUUAAUCAUGGAAAGAAAUUAAAGAAAAUGUUUUUAUCCAAACAGGUAUAGAUAUAGACAUUAAGAAUUUGAUUUGAUAGAAGGUAACAUGUCAUUGUGACUUUGAGCAGUUGGUAUUCAGUGUUGGUAAAUAAUGAAGGGAAAGUUUACUUUGUGUUUUUUGUUAGAAUUACAUUCUUUGGCCUUCUUUCAUUCCAGUACAUUUGUCUUUCUUAAUCUUUCUAUCCUUCAUCACUCAUGUAUCACUGUUUUUCAUUGUUUUAUAUUGUGUAUAUAUGAAUUAUACUAUCAAAGUUUAAUUACUAUCAAAACUAAUGGGAUCAAAAUUAAUAACAAAUGAUGUAAAAAAUAAUGAUUUUGAAUUUUUGGAAGAAUGAGAUUGUCUCCUUUUAUUUUAAUCAUGCUUUAAAUGCAUAAUAAAUAUUUGUCGUCAGCUUGCCUAUAGCUCUUGUUUUGAUGAGUCUGUUAUUGUAAAAAGAUUUUGCAUUUAAAUUGUCGAGAACAUUUUUUUUUUAUUUAUGACAAAAUACUUGUACAGUGAAACAGGUAGGGUGUGUUUAUGUGUGCUCGCCUGCUUAGCUCAGUAGGGAGAGUGCAGAUCUACAGAUUGUAGGGGUCAUGAGUUUAAUCUUUGGGUGAGGUGUAUAUUCUCCACCACGAUUUGAUAAAAGACAUUGCCUCGAGUCAUUUUAUUCUCUACCUCUGAUUUAUAUGGAGGAUUUUUGCACUUUAGGAUAACAGGUUAACUGCCAGACGUUACAUACCUGAAAUACUGUUACAAAUUGGCCCUAAACCAGCAACUGUGUACAUUGUUAAACACAGAAUUUUAUGGAUGUGCACAUAAGUUACUGUACAUUUUGUCACUAUUGUAUCAGCAUAGGAAUAAAGUUAUACUAUAGUUUAACAGUAAAUUAUCAUUUUGUUUUUACUAGAUAGAUAUGUAGUAAUGUGUUAGUUACACUCAAUUUUAUCCACCAUUAGCAUUGUGUUAGUAUGUGCAGUUUUAUCUCACUAGUGUUUGCGUGAACAUUUUUAUUAAAAUUUGUUUAGACAGACCGUACAAUAGAUAGUUGAUUUUGAAAAUAAAAAUAUCAUGUCUGUUUUAACAUUAUUUGACCAAAAUAAGGUAAUAUAUAUCGAUAUUUUUGCUGGUAACAUUCCUUACUUAUGGGUACAAGCCUUUUUACAUAGAUGAAAAAGCUGCUGAGGCAAUCAGGUUUCAGUCCAUUCUUCUUUAGCUGUUACAUAUUUACUGUAUUUUCCCGAAUUAAGGCCCCCCUCUAAUUAAUGCCCCCCACCCAUUUUGGAGGGGAAAAAAAGUCAAGAACGGGAGAAAAAUCACCUACCUCAUUUUUAUAAGUCCAUAUAAUAAAUAAUUUACAGUACUAAAGUCCAAUGUAUUAAAAAUUAAACACACUUUUAAACAGUCCAUGUACCGUAAGUCCAAAACAUUUGUACUAAGUACGGUACGUAUAGGAGAGAUCGCCGUGACGUCACGCGUUAACAUCUGUUGAUCUGGUGGUUGGCAAAACAAAUGAUUUUAACACAGUUUGCGUAUUGAAUCAGAAUUUUUAAUUUUUAAUAACUUUUUUGCUCAUUUAUGGAUUUUCAAAAAUUCAAAAAGAUUUGAAAUACUAACAAUCUUCAUAUUUUUGUGUCCAAAUAUCUUUUUUCAAUGAAUAACCGUUUUAAAUGACAUAUAAUUUUAAAAGCGGCGUAGUGAUUUUCACAACCUUUAGAAAAACAGUGUAAGUUAAGCGUUCAUAAUUAAUCCAUUUUAUUUCGAAAUAACAAUUAAAAGUAAUCAAUAAAUUGCUUGUUUUAUAACCUUUCCAUUGAUCAAAAAAUUAUUUAUGUAAUUUGUGUUUUAAGAAAGUUUAGACCGUUAGAAAAACAUCACUGUUUACAAAAAACAUGGACGGUCGGCUUCUGCCCACCCGAUCACUGUCUUAUCAGUUCUAAAAAUAGAAUUUGUAUACAAACACGAUCUCUCCUAUCCAAUCAUCAAACAGAAAAUUAAACGGUAAAUAAAUUUUUGAUUUGUUUUUACACCACUCACGCACACGCUUCCUGCCGACCUUAAACAAACUUGCAGCAAUGUGUUAACGAUAUACCCUUUUCUUCGGCAGUUUUAAGAACUUUUAAUUCAAAAGCAGGCACAGCAGCGUGUCAAACCAUUGACAUUGUGUAUUGCGCUAUUAGCUACCCGCAUGCACUAAGUCUAAGGAAAAUGUUAUCGGAGUACACAGCUGUUUGGGUCAUGACCUAAUGUGUAGUGUCGCGAGCGUGUCAAAAAGCCAGACUUGGAAUACACGAGGUACCGUAUUUAAAUGCAUAAAAGACACACUGCUUUAAAUUGGAUGCCAAAUAAUUACGUUUUGGGGGGAUUAAACAACACAGAAACACUUUACAGCUAGUUUGAACGAUGUUUUUAAGUUUUGUAAAAAAUUUAUUUUUUUAUUUUUUUUACCUCAAAUAAAAGCCCUCUCUUUCGAAAAUGUAACGCCCCCGGGGGCCUUUAUACGGGAAAAUACGGUAUGUAAAAUUUUGUAAAAUUAUAAACAAGUAGAUAAAUGUUUCAAACGUUGAAACUUUUAAAAGUGCCAAGUGAAUUUUCUGUUCGAUUUUUAUAAGCCUUAGAUAUCUUGAGUGGGGCUAGUAAGUAUUAACUGUAAUAUGUUGUUUUUGCUAGCUAUUAUCAUCCAAAUCAUUUAUUAAGUUUCAUGUUGAAAUCACGUUUUAAAAUUACAAAUAGACUGUUUUUCAUAGUGGAUGUAAUAUUAUUUCAGUAGUGAAAGAGCUGAUAUAGUGGGCAAUGCAAGGGGUUUUGUUUUUCAUUUCUGUUUACGUUUCUUCUUCAUAGCAUCAGAACAAACUAUUUUCCCUGUUGUUUUCGUGCUAAUCCCAUCCCUUCAGUUGUACGUUUUUGUAUCUGAAACAAGUAGGUAUAUCUAUUUUACUUUAAACUGUAUUUCUACCAUUUGCGGUUUCUCGCAUAAAAUUCACCAGAAAGUGUAUGAUUUUUAGCUCACCUGUCACAAAGUGACAAGGUGAGCUUUUGUGAUCGCGCGGCGUCCGUCGUCCGUCCGUGCGUGCGUCCGUCCGUCCGUCCGUCCGUCCGUAAACUUUUGCUUGUGACCACUCUAGAGGUCACAUUUUUCAUGGGAUCUUUAUGAAAGUUGGUCAGAAUGUUCACCUUGAUGAUAUCUAGGUCAAGUUCGAAACUGGGUCACGUGCCAUCAAAAACUAGGUCAGUAGGUCUAAAAAUAGAAAAACCCUGUGACCUCUCUAGAGGCCAUAUAUUUCACAAGAUCUUCAUGAAAAUUGGUCAGAAUGUUCACCUUGAUGAUAUCUAGGUCAAGUUUUAAACUGGGUCACGUGGGGUCAAAAACUAGGUCAGUAGGUCUAAAAAUAGAAAAACCUUGUGACCUCUCUAGAGGCCAUAUUUUUCAUGAGAUCUUCAUGAAUAUUGGUCAGAAUGUUCAACUUGAUGAUAUCUAGGUCAAGUUCGAAACUGGGUCACUUGGGGUCAAAAACUAGGUCAUUAGGUCUAAAAAUAGAAAAACCUUGUGACCUCUCUAGAGGCCAUUUUUCUCAAUGGAUCUUCAUGAAAAUUGGUCAGAAUGUUCAGCUUGAUGAUAUCUAGGUCAAGUUCGAAUCUGGGUCACGUGGGGGUAAAAACUAGGUCAGUAGAUCUAAAAAUAGAAAAACCUUGUGACCUCUCUAGAGGCCAUAUUUUUCAUGAGAUCUUCAUGAAUAUUGGUCAGAAUGUUUACCUUGAUGAUAUCUAGGUCAAGUUCGAUACUAGGUUAUGUGGGAUCAAAAACUAGGUCAGUAGGUCUAAAAAUAGAAAAACCUUGUGACCUCUCUAGAGGCCAUAUUUCUCAAUGGAUCUUCAUGAAAAUUGGUGAGAAUGUUCAGCUUGAUGAUAUCUAGGUCAAGUCCCAAACUGGGUCACGUGCGGUCAAAAACUAGGUCAGUAGGUCUAAAAAUAGAAAAACCUUGUGACCUCUCUAGAGGCCAUAUUUUUCAAUGGAUCUUCAGGAAAAUUGGUCAGAAUGUUCACCUUGAUGAUAUCUAGAUCAUGUUCGAAACUGGGUCACGUGGGAUUAAGAACUAGGUCAGUAGAUCUAAAAAUAGAAAAACCUUGUGACCUCUCUAGAGGCCAUAUUUUUCAUAAGAUCUUCAUGAAUAUUGGUCAGAAUGUUCACCUUGAUGAUAUCUAGAUCAGGUUCGAAACUGGGUCAUGUGGGGUCAAAAACUAGGUCAGUAGGUCUGAAAAUAGAAAACCUUGUGACCUCUCUAGAGGCCAUAUUUCUCAAUGGAUCUUCAUGAAAAACUGGUGAGAAUGUUCAGCUUGAUGAUAUCUAGGUCAGGUUUGUAACUGGGUCAUGUGCGGUCAAAAACUAGGUCAGUAGGUCUAAAAAUAGAAAAACCUUGUGACCUCUCUAGAGGCCAUAUUUUUCACGAGAUCUUCAUGAAAAUUGGUGAGAAUGUUCACCUUGAUGAUAUCUAGGUCAAGUUUAAAAGUGGGUCACGUGCCUUCAAAAACUAGGUCAUUAGGUCAAAUAAUAGAAAAACCUUGUGACCUCUCUAGAGGCCAUAUUUUUCAAUGGAUCUUCAUGAAAAUUGGUCAGAAUUUUUUAUCUUGAUGAUAUCUAGGUCACAUGUGCUCAAAAACUAGGUCACUAUGUCAAAUAAUAGAAAUAACGACGUCAUACUCAGUUCAACACUGGGUCAUGUGGGGAUAGGUGAGCGAUUCAGGACCAUCAUGGUCCUCUUGUUUAUUUCAGUGGUGCAUUAUCAUAAAAUUAAUUGAAGAUCGUCUUUCUUUAAGAAUAUAUAUUGUCUUGUUGAAAAAACUUAAUGUUUCAUCAUAGCAUUAUAUGGUGUUGUAAUAUACAGUACUGUUGUAUUGCAACCCCUCCUCCAUAAACCUCCUUUUCCAUCUAUAAAACCAAGUAAAUGCUACAACUGGGUUCGUUAAACUAGUUUCCCUCAGAUUCAUGUUACUCUGUUUCUGUAAUCCUUGGAGGUCCUGAAACUAUUGCAUAUUUUGUAGUUGUCAUAGUUUCUGUCAAUUUUACCAGUGCAGUGUUACACAUCUACAAACUAGUGCGAUUUUUUUUUUUUCGGUUGGCUAAUAAUGUGUUAUUGAUAGAAUGGUUAAAAAUGUUCCAUUUUGUACUUUAAUUAUUGUUCUUGUUAGCUUCCCUUACAACAGUUUAGUUUAAGAAAAUAUUUUUCUGUGUAAAUAUAUAAACCUAUAAUGAUCACAGUGUCACUAUUUACUAUAGAUUGAUACUUUUCUGGUAGUUUUUCACAGCCAAAAGUAAAUGAUAUUUCUUUCAAUGCCAAAAAGCAAAUGAAUGUUCUUUCACGUAUUGUAUAUUCUGUACUGUAAGAAGGAUAUGUAUCUGAAACUUCAUGUAAGUCUUUUUGCAAACUUGAAUGUGGACCAAGAAUUUUGACCAAAAACAACAACAACAAGAAAUCAUAGUCAUUUUUCCAUAAAAAAUUGGCAAAAGUUUAGAUAUUUCUAGCAAUAAAUUUGUUAUAUAUUAUUUUACAUGUUUCAUUUGAUAUUGCAGGGAAGCAAGAUAAAAAAUAAAUCUACACUUUGGUUAUUUGAAAUGGCAAGAAAACAGGACAUGAAAUAACUUGAUAUGUGUAAACUGUUAUAUAACAGACGUGAUGGCCAUUGUUCUAGAUAAACAUUUCAUAGAUAAAACAUUGGAAGUUUAAUACUUUUUACAAUUGAUGAAUGUUAUUUAAUGAAAUUUAUUUACAGAAAUCUUGUAUAAAUUUUAAAAAUUGAUGAAUGUUAUUUAAUGAAAUUUAUUUACAGAAAUCUUGUUUAAAUUUUAAAGUGGUCAGUUUUUAAUCGUAACAAAGAUACCAUUGCUGGGAUCAGUUCUGCCAAAAAAGAGUUUUAUAAAUUAUAUGUUUGCUUAUACCUUCACUUUAUAACAAAAUAAUCUGAAUAUGUAUACACAUUUUUGAUAUAUUUAUAUACAUUUUGCAUUUCUAUAUUCAAAUAACAGUUUGUAAAGGAUUUGAUAGGUUUUUGCUGUCUGUUGAUUCACAAGUCCCUCUCAUUGUUUAGGUAGUGUACAGGUAUUGGCAAUCAACAAAUUCCAUUCCAGUAACAUAUUUCUCAGUUCGAGAUUUCUCUGUUCUGCAGCUGUUCUGAAAAGUCAAAACUAGAACACGUAAUUGCAUAGACAUUUCUGAUUGUCUUGAGUCCACUACCUUAGUUGUAUUUGUGUUUAGGUAGAAAGAAAAAUCAGUUAAUGAAAUCAAAUUCAGUGAAGAAGUGAUUUUCCCACUUUAAGUCCAUCAAAAAGUAUAAUUUUUGUGCAAGACGCAUACUGUAUUUAGAGCUAAACUAUAUAUUUCUUAAAGAUGUAUUAUGAUUGUCAAAUAUUUUGUAGAUUUUGCUGUAUAUGUAAGAACUUGGAGCAUUGGAUAUUUAUGGAGUUUGAUGUACAUCUGUAUUUCUACUAUGUCCAGUUUCAUGUAUGGCAUGUUCGGUUUCAUGUAUGGCCACUAGUUGAACAGUUAUAGUGGCUUUGUUUAGAUGUUUUUGGUCUCACAGCAGGCAUCAAUAGUGUAGAAGUCCUUUACAGUCUGUUCAGAUUUUACUUUAGUCUCCCACUUCUGUCAAUUUUAAUUGAUCUUGUUCUGGCGAGUAUGUUGACUAAAUAUGGAAGCUGUAGUGCAAUACUGUGAUAGUAAAAGUACUUAAAUUGACCUGUUCACACAUUUUUGGAGAAAAUAAAUCCCUUUAAAAUGCAUACAAUAUUGGUACUGUGAGAGGGACUUCUUAAUAGAUGAGUUUUGCAAGGUACCCUAAUAAAUAUUUAUUUUAAAAAAAAUUGUGCAAAAGGGAGUGAACUGUUGCAAUGCUUUUGAAAUGAUGAAGAAAAAUCAGCUUACGCAUUGUUAUUUUACCACUAUAUAACACUUAUUUUCACGAACUAAAGUUGGUGAAAUGAACAUGUUGAAAAAUUUCAUCCAAACUGUAGACCAGUAGCUUUGAUAUAAUUACACUUAACACUCAGUGUAGCGAAACGAAACUCCCCACUUCAAGACAAAUGAUUUGAACAAUGUAUAGUUAUUAUUUUGGUCUGUCUUAUUUAUAAUCUUGUUUCUUUUUGUGUACAAGUGGUACGUUGAUUUUAAUGAAGUGAAUCUGUAUCUGCUUAUGUGAUGAUGUAUUUUCUAGUAAAAUUGUAAAAUGUC